CAACCAUAAGAGCAUUAGGUAAACACCAAUUAUUGAUUAAAAAAAAAAAGUUUAUAAAGACAAAUUCCCUCUCUUGACAUAAAUAUUUGAUCCCCUUGUGGAAGGAAGGGAACAGAGCGGUCAAAACCUUUUGCCGAUUUCUCUCAACGUCAGCUUCCGUAGUUUCUUGUUUGGUUGCCAAGGAAAUGAGGAUCAUGGUGGCUUCAGCAUUUUCAUCUGAUUGAAUCCAAGCGGUAGCUGUGUUUUUGACAUUAUUGUUUUUGUUUUACUGACUAUGUUUUGUAUAAAGUGAUGUAUUAAAACGUUAAUCAAAUGUUCUAGUUUGCUAACUAACUAACAACCAUAUUUCAGGCCAGCUAUGUUGACAAAUGUAUCAUUUGAACCUACGACUACGAGGCUAGCUAGCUAACGUUAGCCAGAUAGCUAACUAGCUAGCUAAUCCCAGCUAGCCACUGACACUGUAAACAGAUGUUCAAUUCAGCGUUAUUACGUGCUCUACCUGCAGGCAGAGGAGCUGCACAUAUACCGGUAAUGGCAGAGCUGCACAUUGUCGGUCAGAUCGUUGGGGCAAGCGGCUUCCCUCAGAGCAGUCUCUUCUGCAAGUGGGGAAUUCAUACAGGGGGUGCAUGGCGACUUCUCUCGGGCUUGAAGGAGGGGCAGACCCAAGUGGAUUUGCCUCAGACAGGGGACAUGGCAUACUGGAGUCAUCCCAUUGAUCUGCACUACACCACUAAAGGACUGCAAGGCUGGCCCAAGCUUCAUCUGCAGGUUUGGCACCAGGAUGCAUUUGGGCGCUGUCAGCUGUAUGGGUAUGGAUAUUGCCAUGUGCCCUCCAGCCCAGGGCACCACCAUGUACGCUGUGUGACCUGGAGACCACUGGGAUCCUGGCAAGAGCAGAUAGCUCAAACCUUUGUGGGUGGAGGUCCCCUGCUGCGCUCCCCAGACAUCAUAUACAGUGGGGCGGACAGAUAUAGGCUGCACACAGUGGCUAUGGGCACUGUAGAGCUGGAGCUAAGCAUCAUCAUGCGACACUUUGACAGAUAUGGUGUAGAGAGCUGAAAUGUUGAGAGAUUGGACAGAGCAAAGGGUGAAUGGAGAGAGGCCUGAAUGGAGCACUGUAUUGUUAGUGGGUGUGGAUUUUGGCCAUAUCUGCAACGGGUACAUAAGACUGAGCAAGUCAGAUUAGAUAUUUUGCCUUGUGAGAUGUGUUGAUGUUGCAUACAUUCACUAUAGAUACAAAAGUAUGUGGACACCAAUUCAAAUUAGUGGAUUCGGCUAUUUCAGCCACACCCCUUGCUGUCAGGUGUAUAAAAUCAAGCACACUGCUAUGCAAUC